AUGGCUCCCAGAGUGCGUAGUCGGCGCCAACGCCACGCUGUCGAGACAGCCGACCAUCCUACACAUCUGCUACUGAACACCGAUGAGAAGAAUCCCACCAACGACGGCGACUCCACGGGCCACAAGCCGGACGAGACAGACCUUCCACAACCGGCAUGGACGCCCGGACCAGAGCCAUACAAUCCCGAAACAUUCGCGGCCUGGGGUCGGAAGCACUACUGCGAGAAGUUUGAUGCGAUCUAUCGGGGGCGCCAGCGAGUUCUGAGGGUCAUGGAACGGAAUAUCGAUGGAAGGCCGUUGAAGCCACCACGUGGCAUGAUGGACGAAAGCUGGAAACAAAUCACCUUCCCCGACACGGGCGAUUCCGAGAUCAAUUCCCCAGAGCCGCCCGACCCAUGGGACCGGCUGGAAUGGCGCCGGACACACUGGGACUGGGAUGACGAGACAUACCAAUACAACAAAACCUUCCUCAGAGAAAUCCUCAUAGACAAGGCCAGGACACAGCACGAGGACGAGGAAGGCGACAGGAAGGCACGUGAAGAGUGGGAUACAAUACUGAAGCUCCGAUGGACGGAUCCCAUCGAAUACGAACUCCAGAAGAGACACUACAACCUCCGAAUGAAAGGCAUGACGCAAGAUCAAAUCGACGCUCAAGAUCGUGAAGCCGAUGAAAACUGGAGGCGGCAGCAGGAGCAGCCUCUACUGGCAGGAUCCGCCAUCAUCAAUCCGCAGCUCACUAAAGAAUACAUCGAGUCGGUACAGCGGCGGCUGAAGCACAAGACGCCUGAUGCCUGUUCCCCCAGUACUGGGAGGGCUGAGGGGCUUCAACAACAAGCAUCACCCCCUCGAUCAGCCACGGACCCUUCUCGCAAGACCCGUGGCGGGCGAAUCACGAAGAACGCGUCGCAGAGUCAAAACGCCACCCCGCGACGCGCUCGGAAGCUUGCCCGGUUCAAACGAGAGGCCUACGACAGUCCUCCGCAGGGACAUGAACUGCGCAGGAGUCGGAGACUUGUGGGAGAGUCGCCCGAGUUUGACGUGCUUGGAGGGAAAGAAGACGCAACACCAGCAAUGCCAGUACCCCCGGUACAACCCAACCCACCGUCGCAGCUGCCGCCAGAUGCGCAGAAAACCAGCAGUCCAGGCCCUCGCAGUAGUAGAAGGGCGCCAAAGAAGGCAACCCACGCCAAGGCCGCAAAACCCCAAGGGGUAUCAAAGUCCAGGCAGGCAGCAGGGCGUCUAAGGAGACCGACUAGGCGAUCGGAAGGCUGA